AUGGAUCGUCGCUUACAUUACGUUCAAGAACGUCUAUCAGAAACAUUGAAUAUUCAAUAUGUACAUAAUCGUUUACAAGAUACAUUUAAAACUGUACAAGGUUCCAUGAAUGCUGUUACAUCGGUAAGAAAUUAUAUUUUGUUGAUACAUGUCAAAAUUAUUCAUCUUUUAUUUUUAUAAAUUAAGUUUCUAAUUCAGAAUAACAGUGGCUUUAGAGUCUGAAAUAACAAUUUUAGUCUCAAAAUCGUUUUUCACUAGUAAAAAUUUCUAGAAGAUAGAAACGGUACAUUUUAUUCGUUUUUUUUUUUGUUUUAUUAUAUGAAGAAUUUAGUAGUCUGUCAAUCGUCUAUACUAAAAUCGAGAAAUGAGACUAAUUAAGGCUUAUGCUGUUAAAUUAUGUGUGUAAGUUUAUUUUCUAAAUCGUAAUCACACUAUGACUGACAGUUUAAGUCUCUCAAUGCACAAAAGAAAUAGAAUAAGCAUAGUGAUUAAGUGUGAAAAAUUAGUUAAGAAAUAUUUUCUUAUACUCUCUAAAAAAACUUACUUAUUUCUGAAAACUGAAAAUCGUAUUAAAAAAUGUAUAAGAAGCAAAUUUUGUUUUUUAUUCGAUCAAAACACCUUUUCGAAUUUUUGUUUUUUUUUUUUCAUCCAAAAAACUAGGUUUUUUUAUAUUUAAUGAUGAUAAAGCCAAAUUUUUGAUUUCCAUACAUUAAUUUUUAAGACAUGAUUUGAUUUAGUAUAGAGAGAAUAUUUAGAUAAAAAUAUUCGUAAUAGAAAAUGUCAAUUUGGACGAUCAAUUAUUUUCUGAUCGAUAGUUU